UACUACUACUCCAUCUCAAUCGAGAUAUGAUGCUACUCCAUGGUAUACAUACUCCUGACGGAGAGAGUUUGUCGGGGUUUGUAUCGGCGGCCCGACUCCCCUUCCGGCUCCAUCACCGCAUCUUAUCUCCCUCAACUCUCCCCUCCAUCUUCUUGCCCUCCAUCAAUACACCUGCUGAAAGGCCGGUCCUACAGUUCUAUCAUUGGCAAGUGAAGGCGUUUGUUGACUCAAUUGAAUUUCUAAUUCGAACUCCCAUUGAUCGAUUAGCUCUGCGCACAACUACCUCCCGGCAUGAACAGUCACGGCCCCCGAGCUCUCGGUCGGACACUCGAAAACACAGUCGGCUUCGGUCUACAACCACACAGACGGCCGAACCGCUCAACGCGAGCGACGAUAGGGGUGGAACCCAAAUCGGUCAUCACACUAAACUCGCAGUCCGGGACAUGAUUGCCCACAUUAUCCACAUGAGAAUCGCGGAACGCGCUAGGUGGAAAUAUUGCAGCGCACUUCCAGACACGGGUGCUGUUGACAUCAUACACAAGCAAGUAAUAUGCACGCAUCUAUCAUGACAGACGCCCGGGCGAUUACAAUACAGGGGGUGGAAAAUACGGCGAGGGAAAG